AUGCCACAAGAUAAUCCAGAAUCAACCAAUCUCACUGGUGAUAUUGGUAAUAAUAAUAAUAAUAAUAACAAAGGAGAACAACAACUGCCAUUAUCGGGGCAAGACAUUGCAAAAAACAACCAAGACCACGAUAAUAUUCAAGAAAUACUACAGUCUGACUCGAUUUUCAAAACUCCUGAACAAGUAGAAACUCAUGAUAUUCUUUCCACAUUAACUUCAAAUUGUUAUAAUGAACAAGGUCAAGAACUUAAUCUUCAAGGACAUCAACAAAUUAAUAUUCAUCCAGAUUUCUAUUACAAUAAACAUAAUGAAUCUAUAUUUGACGAUGAAAGAAUAUUCCCCUGUUUACCGACCACCAAUGAUAAUGAAGAUUUAGUUAAAUACGAUGAAUUCAACCCUGAAUUAAUAAAUCAUGCCACCAUAAAGGCUCUUAUAAUUCAAAUGACUUCACCAGAAAUUAUUGAUUAUAGUUUAAUUUGUGAUUUUUUCCUUACUUAUCGAAUGUUUAGUAAUAGUAAUGAAAUUAUGAAUUUAUUACUUACAAGGUUAAUUUGGGCAUUACAAUAUCUUAAUUCAGUGAGUGAAGAUAAUAUUAAAAUUGGGAAAUUAGUCUUGGUAAGAACAUUUGUUGUUUUAAGACAUUGGAUUAUUAAUUAUUUUGUUGAUGAUUUCAAUAAUAAUAAUGAAUUAUGUGAUUAUUUCACUAAUACCAUAAAUAAAAUCACCUUGGAAUCAAAUUUAAUUCCUCAACAACAAGAACCAACAAACAAGGUUGAUAGUAAUCACAGUUUAUUCACUAGGAAAAUUCUUGGAGAUUUGAAAAUUCAUUGGCUUAAAAUUAUUAAUGAAUUUUGGCUUUUAGAUCUUGAUAUACAUUCCAUGUUGACUAAUAACAGCGCGUAUGAUUACAUUUUACCUUUAACAUCAACAUUAAAUAAUAUUAAAAAAUUAUCUAAAUCAAAUACUGAAGCUUCAAUUCGUUCAAAUCCAUCAUAUCGUCGUUCAGCUAUGCUUUCAUUAUAUGAUCAAAGAAUUCAACAUAAAAUGUUGAUAUUUGAUGAUACUAGUAGUAAUAAUCAACAAGAAAACCCUCAAUUUUCAAUUAAUAAUUUACUUUUACAUCAUCAUUCAUCAAGAGUCUCUAUCAAUAACAAAAUCAAAACCAUUCAACAACAAAAGAAAUUACUCAAAUCACCAACAUUUUCAAGUUCAUUUAAUAUACCAAAAUCUCCAUUGAUAUCAAAUAGUAAUCUUGCCAAUAUACCUAGUCCAACACCUGCACCUACACAUACACUUACAACACCAACAAGAUUACAUCUGAGAUCCAACAAUAAACGAGCAUUAAUGCAAUCUAAAAGACAUAAUCAUAUGAAUAUUAAAGAUUCGUCACUUGAUUUGAAAAAAACAACAACAACUAUUCUGAGGAAUUUUGAUAGAACAGAUAUUGUGGAACAAGAAGGGGAUACAGAUUUUGAUGAAGAAAAAGAAAAUGAAGAAACUGAAGAAGUCGAUUUUGAUCAAGUACAUGACAUUGAUAAUGACAAAUCCCCAGAAUCACAGUUUUCAGAAUCAGAAUCAAAAAGAUAUAGUCAAGUUGGAUUUUCUACUAAUGGGAAUAUUAAAUUACCAACAUCUAAAGUCACAGUAAUUGUUCCACCUACUCCAGUUAAAAAAAUGGAAAAACCUCCAUUAAUCGAGGAUGAUAUUCAACCAUCAUCCAUGACACCACCAAAAUUAUAUCAUCCUCAAUUUCAACCACCACCAUCAUCGAGUAAUUCCAUUAGAACUGAAAAUGAAGAUUUAAAUCGAAGAGGGUCAAUAAGGAAAUUAAUGGAUAAUUGGAAAAAAUCAUUAAUUGUUCAUAAGGUUUCGUCAUCGGCAACUGAUAUGCCAAUUAAUAGAACCAUGUCGACAAAACCAUCAACUGAAGAUCUUGAUAGACUAAUAAACAAUGCUAUGAGUGUUAUGAAUGAAAAAACUGUGAUUGGUAAAAGAGUAGAUGUUUUAAGUGCAAGAAUAAUCGAUGAAUUGGAAUAUUUGAUUAGAUAUUAUAUUAGUAGUGAAUCAAGUAGUGUUAUUCAUGAAAUGAAUUAUCAUGAUGACACUGGUGAUGACAUGGAAAUGGAAGUUAUUAAUGACAAUGAUAAUGAUCUUGAAGAAGAAGAUGAUGAUGACAGACCACAUCGAAGGACAAGACAGGAUAAAGGUGAUGUUGAUUUACACCCAAUAGAAGUAUCUCCUACAAGAGCCGAUGAAAUAGAAAUGGAUAUUAAUGAUUUAUCAGAUUUAAAUAUUGUUAAAAUUGAUAAUCUUAUUAAUGAUACUACUGCUGAUAAUAGUCAUUCAGUGAAAGUUCCAAGAAAUAUAUCUACAAGUUAUUUCUUAGAUGAAAUUGACAUUGGAAAUGACAAUAAUAAUGAUAAUGAUAAUGAUAAUGAAAAUGUUAAAGAAUCUUCUUCUACUUCAUUUCAAAGUCCUAUAAGUAUUAAUUGGAAUGAUCAAGAUAAUAUUAAUUUAGAUGGAUCAAUUGAAAAAACUCCAUUAGAAGAAGAAUUUGAAGGCUUUGAAUUUCUGCAAGAAAUUACCACCACCACCAACAAUAACAACAACAGUACCAGCAAUGAUAAAAAACAAACACAGCCAGAUUAUUCUGAACCUAAUUUUAGUUUUCAACAUUCCCAAUCGCAAUCGUAUUCUCAAUUCCAAUCUCAUUCUCAUUCCCAUAGUAAAUCACAUGAAACUUCAUCAAUUUCUACACCUAGUAAUAUUACACAAUAUGAUGCAGAAAUUGAAGAAUUAGGUAUAGCAAUGAGUCCACAACUGGUCAAACCUAAAAGAAUAAGUUUUUGUGAAAAUACCAAUAUAAAUUCCGCCGGGUUUAAUAAACGACUUUCAGUGUGGUCGAAAAAUUCCAUUACUAAUUCAAUUUCUAAUUCUAAUUCUAAUGGUUCAAUUGCAUUUAAAAGAGAUUCAAUGAAAUCUUAUGUUAGUUAUGAUUCAGCAUUUUCUGUUUUCAAUGAAUCGAAUGGAAACUCAAAUGGAAACUCUUUUAAGAUAGAAAAUACUACUACUGAAUAUAAUGGAUUGAAAAAGAAAACUGCUUUCAAUAAUUUACGAUCAAUAGUUAAUAAUCUGGGAGAUGGUAUUAAUUUAGAAAAUGCCAUUAGAGUGGUUAGUUCCAAUCAGAAUCAUUUAUCAUUAUCAUUAUCUCGUCAUAGUUCUAAAGGAUCAGGAUCAGGAUCAAGGAAAAGUGUUAGAUUUAGUACGUUAUGUGCAUUAACUGAAUUACCAUUUCAUGAACAUAUUGCCAUACAUAAUGAAACCAUAAUUAGCACCAAUGCCAAUGUUGCUACUAAUAAUAAUAAUUGUAAUCAUUCCAAACUGUCAUCAUCGGGUGAUGCUGCUAAUAGUUCGAUUUUUUCAUUAGCUAUGAAAAGUCGGAAAAGUUCCAUUAGAACCGUCAAUAAAGAAUCAUCAACUCAAUCUACCGCUUUUACAAAUUCAAGUAAUAAUUCAGUGGCGAUCCCUGGUAUAAGUAGUUAUGCAUUAAAAGAAUUAGCAGCAAUUCCUGAUGAAACUAUGCUUUCUACUGAAGAUCCUAUUCAAUACGCUUUACAUAAAUUGGAAGGUAAAUCAUCGUCAAAACUGACUUUAAAAAGAAAAGAUGAUGACGAUGACGAUAAUGAUGACGAUGAUGAUGACGAGUAUUUGAAACAACCACACAUUGAUGAUGAUACACAAGAUAUUUUGAAUGAAAUUAAUAAUGCCAAUACUGAAGAUGCCAUUGGACUUAGUAAUACUAGUAUUGAAAUAUCUCAAGUUGAUCCACCAUUGACACCAAUAAGAAUGAGUUGUAGAAAUUCAAAUUCAGAUAUGACUGAAUCUGAUCCUAUAACUUCAACACCACGUAAUAGUCAAUACCAUGAGAACCAACAACAGCAAAACCACAAUCACAAUGGUGGUGAUAAUAAUGUAAUUGAUACAUUUGAUUUCCAACAACCAUCGAAACCCAAUGAAUCUACAACACCACCUUCUUUAGAAUAUCAAUCACCGAAAAUCAUUUUAGAUAAUUAUUCCCCUUCAAGUGAUUUAUUAUCGGUACUGAAUGUUUUAUUUAAUGAUGCUCAUAUAUCAUUUGUUUUAUCAUAUGAUUCACGAUCAUUAGCUGAUCAUUUCACCAUGAUUGAAAAAGAUAUGUUACAAGAGAUUGAUUGGAAAGAUUUGAUUGAAUUAAAAUGGAAUAAAGAAUUAACUCCAGUUAAUAGUUGGUUAGAAAUCAUUGUGAAUGAUGAUUAUUAUAUUGAAAACAAGGGGGUUAAUUUAGUUAUUGCAAGAUUUAAUUUAAUGGUAAAUUGGAUAAUUUCGGAAAUUUUAUUAACUCAAUCACCAAAUGAAAGAAUUCAUUUAAUUUCAAGAUUUAUUCAUAUUGCUCAACAUUGUUUAGAGUUACAAAAUUUUGCUACAUUAAUGCAAAUUAUUUUAGCUUUAACUUCUCAAAGAAUUCAAAAAUUAAAACAAACUUGGAAAGAUUUAAUUCCGGGUGAUAUUUUAUUAUUGAAAAAUCUUGAAGAAUUGGCUUCACCUUUAAAAAAUUUCUUAAAUAUUAGAUUAACUAUUAAUCAAAUUAAACCAUCUAAAGGUUGUAUACCAUUUGUGGGAUUAUAUUUAAGUGAUUUAACGUUUAAUGCUGAAAGAGCAAGUAUAAUCAAAGAACACAACCACAAUCUUAGUGGUGAUGGUGAUGGUGAUGGAGAAGGAGAAGGAGAAGGAGAUACGUUGAUUAAUUUUGCUAAAUUUAGAACUUCGGUUCAUAUUGUUAAAUCAUUAUCUCAAUGUAUUGAAUGGUCAAGUAAUUAUAAAUUUGAUAUUCAACCGGAUUUAUUAUCGAAAUGUCUUUAUAUCAAAAGUUUGGAUGAAGAUGAAAUGAAAUAUUGUAUUCAACAUAAUCAAAAAUAG